AUGAAGUUCACCUCGGGGAUGUGGUGCCUGCAGGAGGGCGUUAACAUCGAAUGGAUGAGCAACGUAGAGCGACUUUCAGUCGAGGGUGAAACAGUCAAUCUGCUGCUCAAUAAACUCCAGAGACACCGUGGAGAUACCCUCAACUCGCGUGUGUUCCCAAAUCUCUCCAUUUACAACGCCAAAGCUAACAAAGAUCUGAAGCAACUGUUUCUGCGCGAAUCACAUCGCCAUUGGAGGGAAUCAUUGGGGUUAAACUUGUACACUGGCCAAGCCGACAGCGGUCCUCAUUACCACCUCAACCAAUCCACCAAACACACCAAUAUCCAGCAUAACAAGGACACCAAUGAACUAAACUACACAAGCGGACCACUCAGCCUGGCUGUGAACACCUCCACCAACGAGCUGAAACUAGACUUCCGCUCUCCAAGCGGCAAGAAAUUAACCGGCCAAUCCUUCCGAUCAAUCGGAUAUGUGCGCGACCAGCGCACUGAGAAAUUCCGCUACGAAGACGGCAUGUACGCCGAGCGACAGGGAUAUAUGCUCGCCGGCCUAGACCUAAGCGUUGGCGAGAAAGUCUACGGGCUCGGCGAGCGGUUCGGGCCUCUGGCGAAGAACGGGCAGACAGUCGAUAUCUGGAAUGAGGACGGUGGCACCUCGUCUGAGUUGGCGUACAAGAAUAUCCCGUUCUAUAUCAGUUCCCAGGGGUACGGGGUUUUUGUUAAUCAUCCUGGACGUGUCAGUUUGGAGGUUCAGUCUGAGCGUACGACUCGGGUCAAUAUCUCUGUGCCUGGGGAGGAGAUUGAGUAUUUUGUUGUUUAUGGGGCUACGCCGAAGGAGAUUCUUAAUCGGUACACUUCAUUGACUGGAAGGCCGGCUUUGGUUCCGUCGUGGAGUUAUAAUCUCUGGCUAACUACGAGCUUUACAACCAACUAUGACGAGAAGACCGUUACUGGCUUCCUUGAUGGUUUCCGAGACCGCGAUAUCCCGCUCGGUGUCUUCCAUUUCGACUGCUUCUGGAUGAAGUCAUACCAGUGGUGCGACUUCGAUUUCGACGCGGACAUGUUCCCCGAUGCCCUGGGCUACCUCAAGCGUCUGAAGGUGCGCGGUCUGCGGAUCAGCAUCUGGAUCAAUCCGUACGUAGCGCAAGCAUCACCACUAUUCGAAGUAGGCAAGAAGAACGGAUACUUCAUCAAGCGCACCAACGGCUCAGUCUGGCAAUGGGAUCUCUGGCAAGCCGGGAUGGCAGUAGUAGACUUCACGAAUCCCGCGGCAACAGAAUGGUACAACAACCACCUGGAGCGACUAAUGUCGAUGGGCGUCGACAGCUUCAAAACCGACUUCGCCGAGCGCAUUCCCGUCAAAGGCAUCCAAUACCACAACGGCGCUGACCCAGAACGAAUGCACAACUACUACGCCCUGCUAUACAACAAGAUUGUCUACACUACGAUGAGCAACCGCAUCGGCCACAACCAGGCUUUGCUAUUCGCACGCAGCACCGCACCGGGCGGACAGGCAUACCCGGUGCACUGGGGUGGCGACUGCGAGAGCACGUUCGAGGCAAUGGCGGAGUCGCUGCGCGGCGGACUGAGUCUGAUGGUGUCUGGGUAUAUCUUCUGGGCGUCUGAUAUUGGCGGGUUUGAGGGUACGCCGCCGCCGGCGCUGUACAAGCGAUGGGUGCAGUUUGGGCUGUUGUCGACGCAUUCGCGGCUGCAUGGGUCGUCUUCGUUCAGGGUGCCGUGGAUUUAUGGCGAGGAUUGCUCGCAUGUUCUGCGGGAGUGUGUGAAGAGGGAAGAUCUUGCUUACGCCGAGGCGCUUAGGGGCCACAGGGAUGGGACGCCGCUUAUGAGGGCUAUGUUUUUGGAGUUCCCGGAAGAUUUGAAUACGUAUGCUGUUGAUACGCAGUAUAUGUUUGGGCCGAAUUUGCUGGUUGCGCCGGUGUUCUCGGAGGAGGGGGAGGUUACUUUCUAUGUCCCUCGGUCUGAUGAUGAUGUGGCAGGGAAGUGGGUGUCGUGGUUUGAUCAUUCUAAGAGUUAUGAGUCUGGUCGUUGGUACACUGAGACUCAUGGCUUUGAUACUUUGCCUCUUUUGAUUCGUCCUGGUUCGGUUACAGUCACCAAUCCCACCAUCAAGGCUCCUGAGGACGAUGCCCUGUCUGGAAUUGAGCUGUUGAUCAAUGGGCGCCUGCGAGGUGAGGUUACGGUUGAGAUUGUCAACUCAGUGCAAACAGACGAGAUUUUGAAAACCGUCCAGCUUUCUCCGACUGCAGAUGGGAAGGUUGAAGCAAGGGGCCAUGAUGUGAAGAUCGUCUAUGCUGCUUAG